UGGGCGUUCACUUUUUGAUGUUUCUCAAUAACAUGUCCGAUUGAGAGUGAAAAGUGAAAUUUUACAAAAUCUUAUUUUCCCGACCGAAUUAGUGCUCUGUUAUCCGAACGAACCGUCGUUAUCAAUGGUAAUAUUGUGAAUCAGAAUUUUCACAAUGCCCCCAUUGAAAACACAUAAGGAAUUCCAACGUUCAACAUCUCCUGCUACUGUCGGAGUUCCAGCAACUACCAAAUUAAGUCCCCGAGAAAAAUAUGCCCAGAAAGUUUUACUGAAUUUGAACAGUUUGCGUGAGGACGGACGUUUUUGUGAUGUUGAAAUUGUUGCCGAUGGAAUUACAUUCAAUGCACAUCGAGCUGUGCUAUCGUCCAGUUCCACCUAUUUCGAAGCAAUGUUCCGUCCUGCAUUAGGACUCUGCGAAGGCAAACAGAAAUCGGUCAUUUUACAUUCCAUUGAUUCGAGCAUACUGAAACAACUGCUUGACUUCGUCUAUACUGGCCAUGUACAGAUUGAACAACAAAAUGUUCAAGAACUAUUGGCUGCCGCCGAUAUGCUUCAAAUACCAGAGGUGGUGAGUGAGUGCUGUGAUUUCUUGUGUCGUGAAUUGCAUCCCUCAAAUGCAUUGGGAAUACUGAGAUUUGCAGAAGCCCAUCAUUGCGAAGAGUUAACACAGAAUGCACAGAGCUAUGUGUUCACCAAUUUUCCGCAGGUAGCGCAGGAAGACGAAAUUUUGGACACACCGCAGACCCUGUUAUCACGCAUCCUAACAUCGGAAUUGCUACGCGUUGACAGUGAAACCCAAGUGUUUCAAGCUGCCCUGCGUUGGAUCAAACAUGAUGUCGUCCAACGUCGUCAAUACGUGUUCGACAUCCUGUCCAAUAUUCGACUGGCUUUAGUUCCCAUUCAACUCAUAAAUCAAGCUGCCGACGAAUGUCGUGACAUGAGCCUUAAAGUUGCGCUCCGGUCCGUGCAAAAGGAUCUGACAGCAAAACGCGGUCAACUGGUUCCGUUGAGGGUGUGUCCUCGCAUCAGUGCCAAGAAGAAUAUUUACAUUUUUGGCGGUGUGAGACGAGAGACGUCCAGUGGCUAUGGCUGGAAUCAUGCGGAUUGUAUAUUCGAUUCCGUGGCUAAAUUUGAUAUCUUUCGUCGUGAGUGGCUGGAAGCCGCACCGAUGAUCAUUGGACGAAUACAGCCGGGCGUGUCGACGUUGGGUGGGAAGAUAUAUGUGGUUGGCGGGGAAAGAGGAUCUCAAAUAUUGGCGAACGGCGAGGUAUACGAUCCACAGAGCAACAAGUGGAGUGAAAUUAGUCCAAUGAUUGUACCGCGCUGUGAAUUUGGACUGUGUGCAUUGGGCGGUACUUUAUGGUCCGUCGGAGGCUGGAUUGGAGUGGAUAUCGGUGGAUCGAUGGAAUGUUAUGAUCCGAUUAAAAAUUUGUGGACGGAAAUUGGUGAAAUGCCAGAGCCAAGAUUUAGCAUGGGUGUCGUUAGUUUCGAAGGAUUAAUUUAUGUGGUCGGUGGUUGUACAACGUCGAGUCGUCAUUUAGCCGAUUUACUCAGCUAUAAUCCGGUGACUCAGGAAUGGACGUAUUUGGCCCCAAUGCAAACCGGCAGAAGUCAGUUAGGUGUAGCUAUUUUAGGAAGAUAUAUGUACGUCGUUGGUGGCAAUGAUAGAUUUAGCGAAGUGUUACGUAGUGUUGAACGAUAUAGCUUUGAUGACAACGAAUGGACCGUGGUCAGCCCGAUGACUGUGAAUCGAGCAAGUCCAGCUGUAGCAUCAGCCGAUGGACUAUUAUAUGUUGCUGGCGGUGAUCAGACAUGCGAGGUUAACUUCUACAGAGCGCAGAUCACAAUCAGUUCGGUCGAAGUGUACGAUCCAUUGACCGAUAUGUGGAGAAGUUGCAUUGACUUGCCAGUCAGCAGGAGCGAAGCUGGUGCCGUAGUAUUGUAAUUCUAUGUGACGUUAACUUUUUUUAGUUUUUAAUUUUCUACACCAAAGACGGUUCAUCGUGUAACCAUGAUAUUUACACUUUUGUUUCGUAUCAUAGCUCGGAGCUGAUACCACACUGUUAAGGACAAAUUUUCCGAAAGUUUAUCAAUGUUGAAUUGGGGCAUUGUGGACAACUCAGUCCACUUGCCCUUUUAUUUAAAAUUUUAUUAUUAUCCGACAUCGUCCGACGUCGCGACAUGCAUUAGCUAAGGCUUGCAUUUAUGAAAGCAUUUUAAA